AUGAAUAAUCAUUUUGAUAUUCAGCCCAUUGGCCGAUUUGUCGGCCAGAGCGCUGCGAUCAAACGCCCCAGGGAAAUAGCAUGUUUCUCAUAUGAUGACGAACAUAACUUUCGUCUCGACGAUUCCUCGGUUAGAUAUUACUACCCACCAACCUUAGGCGCUGAUCUCUCUAAAGGCUUCGACACCUUUGAAAAGCUCGAUGAGGCAGAUGAUGAUCAUCUUGAUAGUCUACUAAAGACUAUCAUUGCCUAUGAGCAGGAAAUGGGAAAGCCUGUAGAAGCGGACGUUAUCACAUGGCGAGGCAUGAUGACCAAGUUCAUGGCAGCGAUAUUCAGUGACAGAGACGGUUUUGAAAUGAAUGCCACCUUUUUCCAAAACACCAUUUUUAUUGAGGAAAACCAUAAUUAUAAAUUGGAAUCUCAGAGAAGACAGUCGCGACAAGUUACACAGCCGGGCCGACCGUCACAGGAUAUGAUGAGCUUUUGGGGUAUGAUAAAGCCUGACCUACCCAAAGCUUUACUAAUAGUUGCAGGCUACAAAUUUGAGACGCUGAGCUUAUUGCCCGCGCCAUGGCCCGAGACCCCUAGAGACUAUAUCGAGAAUCGCGAGAAUCAACUUGUCCGCAAUCAUCUGCAGUACUGUUCUGUAGUAAGAACCGGAAUUGGGAGCACACAAAUGAUACUUGGCGGAGAAGUAGAUGCUGUCUGGGAUAUCAAGCCCCCGGAUGACCGUCCAAUCAACUGGGUUGAGCUAAAGACCAGCGCCGAUAUUCGGAAUGAUAGAGAUAUGCUCAAUUUCGAGCGAAAACUGAUGAAAUUUUGGAUCCAGUCGUUUCUUUUGGGCGUUCCAAAGAUUAUUGUUGGAUUUCGUACACCAGAUGGCAUCCUUAAGAGGAUUGAGGAGAUAGAUACUGCCUCGAUACCAGGAACAGUUAAACGGAGUGGGAAAGGAACGUGGGAUGGGAAUAUGUGCAUCAAUUUUGCGUCGGCCUUACUCGAAUUUUUGAAAACCACGAUAACAGGGGAUGGGGUCUGGAGAAUUCGGAGGAAGGAGCGGUCUUCGGCCGUUGAGGUUUUCAGGGUGGAAGAGACGGGACAUGGAGAUAUUCUUUCUGAUGACUUCAUCAAUUGGCGAAUCAAGCUCGCUAUGAGAGAUACAUAG